UGAUUUCAUCGAAAUAAUCGAUCGAUCGAUCGAUUUUAUCAAGCAAGAGCUGGAAUCGAUCGAUCGAUCAGAAAGAAGAAUGGAUUGCUCAAUGACAAGCAGCAUAUUGUCGGCCAAUUACAACACCAUCCUCUUCGAGUUCGGCGUCAUCCUCGUCACCAGCAAGAUCCUCUACGCACUCCUCCGCAAGCUCUACCAGCCACGCAUCUUCUCCGACCUGCUGCUCGGCAUCGUCCUUGCCCAGUUCCGUGUCCUGUCGCUCACCAACGCCAUCAACCUUGUCUUCGGCAAGAUCGGCGGCUUCGUCUUCGCGCCCUACCUCUUCGCCCUCGGCGUCGAGAUGGACCCCUCCGCGCUGCUCGACGCCCCCACCGCCGAAGCCGCCGUCGCCUACGCCGGCAUCUUCUCCACCGCCAUCCUCGUCACGCUCUUCCACACCCCCAUCAUGCGCUCCACCUCCGGGAUCGUCCACGAGCACUCCCUCCGCGCCUUCCUCGGCCUCGCCGCCGCCCUCGCCAACACCGCCUCCCCGGUCCUCACCCGCCUCGCCACCGACCUCAAGAUCGCCAAGACCGCCGUCGGCCGCCUCGCCGUCGGCGCCGGCAUCGCCUCCGACAUGCUCACCACGCUUCUCAUCGCGCUCGGCAGCAUGGUCUGGCGCGACACCGGCACCGAACAAGCCGCCUCGCCGUUCGCGCAGCCGGCGCUCACGGCGGCGGUGCUCGCCGUGGUCGUCAUGUCGGGGUUCGUGUCGAGGGCAAUGGCGGAGUGGGUGGACGGGCGAAACCCGGAGGGCCGGCGCAUGCGCGGCUUCGACCUGUCGCUGGUGGCGCUGGUGGCGGCCACGCUAUGCUGGUUCAGCUCGGCUCUGCGGCUGGACGUGAACAUGGCGGCGUUCCUGGUGGGGCUGGCGUUCCCGAGCGAGGGGAGGGUGUCGCGGCUGCUGGUCAGCAAGAUCAACCUGGUGCUCAGUUCUUUCGUCCUCCCGCUCUACGUCGCCCACGUCUGCCUCUCGCUUCGCCAGACCACCGACGACGUCGAGGCGGCUGGUCUCAGCAAGGACGAGGGCUUCCGCGUCUACGUCAUGGAGCUUCCCUUCCCCUGGUGGAAGGUCUUCUUCGUCACCGCCAUGGGCACGCUCGGCAAGCUCGUCGGCUGCGCGGCCGCCGGCCUGCUCCGUGGGCUCGGCUGGCUGGAGGCGCUCGCGCUGGGGCUGCUGCUCAACGUCAAGGGCUACUUCCACGUGUACUGCGCGCUGGCCGCGUUCGAGGCCGGCAUCGUCACGGACAAGUCGUUCAUGGCGAUCAUCUUCAUGGUGGCGCUGAACGUGGCGGCGACGCCGAUGGUGGGCAUGGCGAUCGCGUCGUGGGCGCGGCGGAGCGUGCAGUGGCGCCUCAUGGGGCUGCAGCACCACGACCCGUCCACGGAGCUGCGCCUCGUGGUGGGGCUGCACGGCCCGCAGGACGUGCCCACGCUCGCCUUCCUCAUGGAGGCGCUGCGCUGGGGCGGCGGCAACGGCGAGCUCGCGGUGUACGCCGUCGACAUGGUGCAGCUGACGGACCAGACGGCCGCGGCCAUCGUCAAGGGCGGUGGCUUCGACGGCGUGACGGUGGUGGACGAGGAGGUGUCGGAGAUGCGGAAGCUCAUCGGCGAGGCGCUGGACGCGUACCAGGCGGAGCGCGGCGGCGAGGGCGUGGUGAGGGUGCGCAGGGUGCUGGCGCUGUCGUCGUUCCCGGACAUGCACAGUGACAUCUGCAUCUGCGCGGAGGACGCCAUGGCGGCGCUGGUGCUGCUGCCGUUCCACAAGAGGCAGAGGGCAGACGGGGCCAUGGAGGCCGGCCACCUGGGGCUCCGGCUGGUGAACCAGAAGGUGCUGCAGCUGGCGCCGUGCUCGGUGGGCAUCCUGGUGGACCGCGGGCGCGGGAAGCAGCAGGCGGACGGGGCUCCGCAGGGCGUGGUGGUGGUGUUCAUCGGCGGCGCGGACGACCGGGAGGCGCUGACGCUGGCGUCGUUCAUGUCGAAGCACAGCGGGGUGCGGCUGACGGCGCUGCGCGUGGUGCAGAACGCGACGGCGCAGGCGCGGGCGCGGGCGCGGACGAGCCUGUUCGAGUCGAAGAGCCGGCGCGGAGGGAGCGCGGGGUCGGCGGGGUCGUCGGCGUCGUCGGCGCUGGGGCAGGAGGAGCUGCAGAUGCAGGUGGACGACAAGUUCUUCGCGGAGUUCUACCGCAAACACGUGGCCGGCGGCGGCGGGAAGGGGAUGGGGUACAUGGAGAAGCACGUGGGCGACGGGGCGGAGCUGGUGGCGGUGCUGCGGGCGCUGCAGGCGGAGUACCGGCUGUUCGUGGUGGGGCGUGGUCGGGACCGGUGGUCCGUGCUGACGGAGGGGCUGGAGGAGUGGUCGGAGUGCCUGGAGCUCGGCCCCGUCGGCGACAUCCUUGCCUCGUCGGACUUCUCCACCACGGCCUCCGUGCUCAUCGUCCAGCAGUACGAUGCCAAGAAGCACUACAAGGUCAUCGACGAGGAGUUCAUGCCUUUGUAAUAUAU